ACACAACCAUCUGUCCCCCGUGGUUACGUAACAUCAGCCCAACCAGUUGCUUCGCCUCUGGUGGUUGUUGUCACACCACCAAGUGUGUAUUACACAACACCUCUGCCCAAUGUGGUUGCAAAAUCCUCCAACGUCAUGAAAAUUCCGCCAAGAAACGCCCAGAGCAACCCUUUGCGACCAGAAGUUGCAGAAACUCUGGGUAAAAUCAUAGAAAUGAUGUACUUUGGUAAGAAGUUCGAGAUGAAUGAAACAGAUACACCGAAGACUUUUGAUCUUAAUGAAGAAGUGGAACAGUUGGAACUGACGGAUAAUAAUCGAGAUUUUAAAAGGAAGCAUAAGAAAUUUCCGGAGGCUCCUUUGGAAGUUCUGCCUCUGAAUUAUCAUCAACCAAAUUUUAGGGAAAAGUCGCCAGCAGCUUGCUCUGACGGACAUUUUAGAUGUGAUGGGAAUAAAUGUAUCACUUUAUCCAAGAUAUGCAACAAAAUCCAAGACUGCAAUGAUGGCACAGAUGAAGAACAGUGCGAGGAGCGUAUUGGUUACGAAAUCCGGUUAUCCGGUUCUAACAAGACAAACGAAGGACGAGUUGAAGUUAAAGUGUGGGGCUACAUAUGCGACGACCGUUUCGGACUACGAGACGCAGAUGUAAUUUGUAAAGAAUUAGGCUUUAAAUUAGGAGCUGCCCAAGCCAAAUAUUUAGGACCCUUACGACGAGGCCCUGCUAACGAGACCAUAUUUUUGAUGGAUGAUGUCGAAUGUUUGGGCAACGAGACUUCGAUUCGAGAAUGUCAAUUCAAUGGAUGGGGAGUUCAUGAUUGUUUACCAGAGGAGGCUGCUGGUGUUGUUUGCAGAACUCCUGCAGUAACCUGUCCAAAAGAUUUUUGGUUGUGUUCCUCAAAGGACGAGUGCAUUCCUACCAGUUUCCUAUGCGACAAUGUCGAUGACUGUGCUGAUGGGUCAGAUGAGUCAGAACAAAUCUGCAAUGAGGAUAUCGAGGUGCGUCUAGUUGAUGGUCCAAAUAAAAUGGAAGGUCGUGUAGAAGUAAAAUUUCGCGGAAUUUGGGGAACAGUUUGCGAUGAUGACUUCACUGAUAAAGCUGCACGAGUUGUUUGCAAUAUGUUAGGCUUCAAUGGACCAGCACGUGCCAGAAAAGAAGGUUUCUACGGUUCAGGCUCUGGCCAAAUCUGGCUCGACCAAGUAGCCUGUUUUGGCAACGAAUCCAGCAUUGCCCAAUGUAUGCACUGGCAAUGGGGCGAAAAUAAUUGUGGGCACAGUGAAGAUGUAGGAGUCGUUUGUUCAAACACAACAAAUCCUCCUAAACCUAACAGAGGAAGAGGACUUGCAGUCAAUGGUGAAGACGAUUCGACUUUAGAUUUUAUUUUACCCCAAGAAUGUGGAGUCAGGGUUAAACAUAAGAAAACUAGGGAAGAACAGGAUGAGGAAGAUGGUAUUGCAUUCAGAGUGGUUCGUGGUAAUUUGGCAAAAAUUGGAGAUUACCCUUGGCAGGCUAGUUUGCGAGUUCGAGGACCAGCCCAAUCAGCACAUUGGUGUGGAGCAGUACUGAUCUCAAAACUCCAUCUACUAACAGCCGCCCAUUGUCUGGUAGCUUUUUCCAAAGGAGCAUAUUUUGUCAGAGUAGGUGACCAUCCAAGUAUAGAAUUAGAAGUCUACAUCGAGCGAUUCUACGUCCAUGAAGAUUUCCGAAAAGGACAACAUAUGAAUAACGAUAUCGCGCUGAUAAAGCUGAAACCAGAUGGUGUACCUCUGGGAAGAUGGAUAAGACCUAUUUGUCUGCCACCGAAAAAUGCUGAUUAUACACCAGGAAAGAAUUGCACGAUUUCUGGAUGGGGGUCGAUUCAAACUGGCAAAUCAAGUCCCUCGAACCAACUAAGAGCUGGAUGGGUCCCACUUCAAUCGAUGGAUGUAUGCAGGAUGCCUCAAGUUUACGGUGGAAACAUUAUGGAAGGCAUGGUGUGUGCUGGUGAGUUAGACGAAGGAGUAGACGCUUGUGAUGGGGAUUCUGGAGGACCUUUAGCGUGCUUACAUGAAGGGGCUUUCACUUUGUACGGGAUAACAUCAUGGGGUCAACAUUGUGGCCACGCCAAUAAACCAGGUGUAUAUGUUAAAGUGGCUCAUUAUCGAGAUUGGAUAGAUCAAAAAAUCAAAUUAUCAAUGACUGAGAAAUAA